AUGAAAAUAACUCCGGGUUUAAUCUUGGACCUUUUCCUAGUUCUUUGUGUUGAGUGCACUUUCGGUAGCCGGUGUAAUGUGGGUUGGUCGGAGCUCAUAAAUUGUAAGGAGUAUAGAGCUGGGCCAAACCACUUAUAUGAAAAAUUUUUCUCUCCUGACGAAAUUCGGAAUAACCCAGAGGAAAAUGAGAGGCUUCGCCUUAAAUUUUAUGUAAUAGCGGCGAGAGAUGCGCACAUUCUGCUGUCGCCAGUGGUUAACGCUGUAAAAGCCGAUGAUGUGUAUGAAAUUGUGGUUGGACAAAAUAGAAACACUGCCUCAGGAAUUCGUCGGCAAAUGCUUGGUGGCAACCUUGUAAGGAACGAACGACAUGGUUUACUAAAUGGAAUUGAUCCUACACCAAUUAUUGUUGUACAAAAGACAGAUGGCACUCUCGAAGUUACUAUUCCGACAAUUGGUGGAAUCCUAUUAUCAUAUAAGGAUCCAAAGCCGUUAAAUAUUAAAUAUGUGAGCUUUACUAGUUUCGGCAAUACGACUGGAAGAUGGUUUUAUGACUGCGAAGAAACUCAUAUGGAAAUGAAGAAGGAAAACGUUACAAGCUUGGAGCGCCUGCAAGUCGACUUAUUUGCGAACUAUAGUAUGUUCACAAUUCCGAAGGGGGUAUCAAAAAUCUACAUGGGAAGCGCAAUUAAAGGGGUCACCUACAACGAAAUGAAGUCAAUAUUUCAAGUCAGGUUGGAAUUUAAACUGAAAUGGACUGAUCCAAAACUUCAAUGGAGGCCAUUUAAAUAUAGCAACAUCACGACCCUGAGAUCAUUUGAAGCGAAGUUUCGAACUCCAGCCAUAUGGAUCACUAAUGGGACCGGCAAUACAUUUACCCGCUUCAAUCCAGAAUAUGUUGGAAUCAUAUACAACAAUGGAUCAGUAGUAGCAGAUACAAAACAACAGAUUAUAGAAAGCUCUUGCCGAGAAUCACAAGAUGGAAAUUGGCCAUGGGAUGAAUUCAAAUGCUCAGUUGAGUUUGCGGUGGACGGCAACCUACCAAUCGAUUUUGAUCUAGGGCACAUCGAAGCGGCUUUGACAAUACCUGAGCUAAGCAAGUGGCGCUUUUCUGGUCAUCAUUUACUUACAAAGAAGGUUGAACCCUUUACUGAAACGGGAGGUAAUUCAAAUUCUACGAUUUCAGCGGUGAAUUUGGUAAUACAUAUGAGACGAAAUGUUUUGUACUACCGGAAAUUUUUUUGCGUUCCUUUAUUUGUUGCAACAGUUUUUAUACUUUUGUCAUUUACCAUGAAAAGGCUUUUAAGAGGAAUUUUGAAUUUGAUCGCUUUGGUUUUGGUGGCCAGCUCAUAUUUAGCACUGGACAAUACCACGCUGGUGACAUAUGAUCCAAACUUUGUAUUUUUGGUUGCAAAAGAGGCGUAA